AUUGAAAUUAACAAUCUCUGAGAACUAUUGUGCUUUAUACUUCCACUUCUCUCUUUUCUAUUUUCCUACACAUUAUUAUGGCUGUUGAUUCUAGUCUUCCAUCUCCUCUUGGCCCUCCAGCAUGCGAGAAAGAUGCUAAGGCCCUUCAAUUAAUUGAAGAGAUGACUAGAAAUACUGAUUCAGUACAAGAGAAAGUGUUAGCUGAAAUACUAAGACGAAAUGCCAACACCGAGUACCUUCAAAGAUUCAACUUUGGUGGUGCUAUUGACCGUGACACAUUCAAGUCCAAGGUACCAGUUGUCUCGUACGAGGAUCUUAAACCUGAUAUCGAUCGUGUUGCUAAUGGAGAUCGUUCUCCAAUCUUCUCGUCUCACCCUAUCUCCGAAUUCCUUACCAGUUCGGGGACGUCUGCCGGGGAGAGAAAACUGAUGCCCACAAUUGCGGAUGAGCUAGAACGCAGACAGAAAUUGUACAACCUUCUCCAACCCGUGAUGAAUCUGUAUGUGCCUGACCUAGACAAAGGGAAGGGACUGUACUUUCUGUUUAUCAAGGCAGAAACCAAGACUCCUAGUGGCCUUGUUGCACGUCCAGUCCUAACAAGUUACUACAAGAGUGAACAAUUCAAAACAAGGCCAUACGAUCCUCACAAUGUCUACACUAGCCCUAACGAGGCCAUCCUCUGUGUCGACUCAUUCCAAAGCAUGUACUCUCAAAUGCUUUGUGGCCUUCUCAUGAGAGAAGAAGUACUCCGAGUAGGCGCUGUUUUUGCCUCUGGCUUACUCCGUGCCAUCCGUUUUCUUCAACUCAAUUGGAAGCAAUUGGCUCAGGAUAUCGCGUCUGGAACUCUAAACCCUAAAGUUACAGACGCUUCUAUCAGAACUUGCAUUUCAAAAAUACUCAAACCAAAUCCCGAACUUGCUGAGUUUGUUGUUAAGGAGUGUGAAGGUGACAACUGGGAAGGAAUCAUUACUAGAAUUUGGCGAAACACGAAGUACCUUGAUGUGAUAGUCACAGGUGCAAUGGCUCAAUAUAUCCCUACAUUGGAUUAUUAUAGUGGGGGUCUACCAAAGGCUUGUACAAUGUAUGCAUCAUCCGAGUGUUAUUUUGGACUUAAUUUGAAACCAAUGUGCAAGCCUUCAGAAGUUUGUUACACCAUCAUGCCAAAUAUGGGUUACUUUGAAUUCAUCCCACAUGACCCGGUCAACCCGGUUCAAAUCUCUCGUGAUUCACCUCCACAUCUCGUGGACCUUGCUGACGUGGAAAUAGGUAAAGAAUACGAGCUUGUGAUCACAACUUAUGCUGGACUAUGCCGUUACCGAGUUGGUGACAUACUCCAGGUCACCGGGUUUCAUAACUCGGCACCUCAGUUCAAAUUCGUUAGGCGAAAAAACGUGCUGCUGAGCAUUGACUCUGAUAAAACUGAUGAGCCCGAAUUGCAAAAGGCUAUUGAAAAUGCGACGGCACUUUUGCAACCGUAUGAUACCAAUUUGGUUGAGUAUACGAGCUUCGCAGAUACUAAGACUAUUCCAGGGCAUUACGUUAUUUACUGGGAGUUACUAGUGAAGGACCUGGCUAACCAGCCGAGUGAAGAGGUGUUCAACCAGUGCUGCCUCGCAAUGGAAGAAUCUUUGAACUCAGUUUACAGGCAGUGCCGCGUGGCGGACAAUUCUAUUGGGCCACUAGAGAUUAGGGUGGUGAAAAAUGGAACAUUUGAAGAGCUGAUGGAUUAUGCAAUUUUAAGAGGUGCAUCAAUUAAUCAGUAUAAGGCUCCAAGAUGUGUUAAUUUUACUCCCAUUGUGGAACUUUUGGACUCCAGGGUGGUCUCUGUGCAUUUCAGUCCAACUACUCCUCACUGGACCCCAGAACGACGACGUUGAAGACAAGUCUAGCGAUGAAUGAAAAUCAAGUCAAGUAGUGUUAGUGUGGGAAAUAAACAUGGCAAAAGCCAAAAGGUUCUGGUUAGCUAUUAACCAAACAUGCUUCGACAGUGGUCCAAAAAGGAAUAUAUUUCUUCGGUUGUGUCCUCGCUUUAAAUUUACUUUUUUCUGUAUCUCUGUUGGAUGCUGAAUGUUCAAAGUUGGUAAUGGUCUUUGCUUAUGUAAAGAGUCGUUAGUAUAUGUAAUUAAAUUAUAUAUGGAUGCUUUCUUUGUUGUGA